AUGUUGCUGGAGCGUUGGAAGAGGAAUGGAGGUGGAAUCGAAGCAGACAGAGUAGAAAGGGCAGCUAUAGUUCCAUUAAAUGGAGAAUCAGGAAACCCAGCCCAGAAGAGAUGGUGCAAGAGAAGGCGUUGGAGCAGCUGUCGAUGGAGGAGUUGGAGAUUAGCAAGCAGAUUUGCCUGGAGUGAAGAGCUACUUGUUCGAUCUGUUGCUUUUUGCAAGAAACAGCUGGAUCGAAAUGGAAGCAAUCUGGAUUCAAAGGGGAUGCGAUUUGGAUCAAAGCAGACGAGCAGAGGAAGCCAGAGAAGAAAGCAGCAGAUUCGUGUAGGCACCAGCGUAAACACAGCUGAGAGAGACGCUGAGGAGGGAGAGAGGAGGGAAGAAGAAGCUGCUGUUUGUGCUUCCUCUUCUUCCUCUUCCUCUUCUUCCUCUUCCUUUCCUUCCUCUUUCUCUCCGUCCCGUCCUGCCUCUGCUUCUCCUGCUUCUUGCACUUCGCUUGGCGACGAAACAGGUUGCGCCAGCGCUGCGCAACCGCCCAAAACCAGCGCACCACAACAGCGGUGCGCCCGUACUUGA